UGGGAAAACAUUAAUGGAAGAACCAGUCAAGUUUGAAUGAUGUCUAUAGUUUAUUUAAUAGGAUUAUACCAGUCUUGUUUUCCUUUCUUAAUGAAAGGUGUUAUUUAAUAUUAGGUGAUGCUAAGUAAAGAAUAUGUGAACUCUGCAGCUUUCCCAUAAAUAUUAUUGGAAAAAUUACUGGAAAACAUUUUUGGUUUUGGUUUUUCUUGGAGUCAGGAUCUCCAAAUAACCCUGGAUGUCCUGGAACUUACUAUGUUGACUAAGCUAGCUUCCAAAUCAAGAGAUGCACCUGCCUCUUCCUGGGUGCUAGAAUUAAAGUGUGUACCACCAUGCCUGGCCUUGGAGAAGUUUUAGAUAUAUACCUCACUCAGAUUAUUAGAAACUUGUGAUAUGGGCCCUUCUUGAAGCUAUAUCAGUACAGUGGGAAUGAUAGGGUGUAUCAGCCUGCUGACUGCAUCUGUUCCAAUACUGCCAGUUUCAGCAAGCUUACAAAGUCCACAGGGCAGUCGGAUCUUGGGUUCAUCCAUGAGCUCAGAUUUCCCACAUUACAACUUCAGGAUGCCUAAUAUUGGAUUCCAGAAUCUGCCUCUCAACAUAUAUAUUGUGGUUUUUGGCACUGCUGUAUUUGUCUUCAUUCUUAGUUUGCUCUUCUGUUGCUACUUGAUUAGGCUAAGACAUCAAGCACAUAAAGAAUUUUAUGCCUACAAACAGGUUAUAUUAAAAGAAAAAGUAAAAGAACUGAAUUUACAUGAGCUCUGUGCUGUGUGUCUAGAAGACUUCAAGCCUCGAGAUGAACUGGGGAUUUGCCCAUGUAAGCAUGCCUUCCACAGAAAGUGCCUUGUUAAGUGGCUGGAAGUCCGAAAAGUGUGUCCCCUGUGCAACAUGCCGGUGUUGCAGCUGGCCCAGUUGCACAGUAAACAGGACCGUGGUCCCCCUCAAGAGCCCCUCCCUGGGGCAGAGAACAUUGUAUAGCUUGCUGCAAGAAUCAGACUUGCUGGAUGCAUCAGUGUGGAGCCAGGAGGAAUACAGCAAAUUUUGUUUGGGCUGCUCUCUGCCUGGGGCCCCCACUGUCACUUUCUUUGCCUCAUGAAGAACUCCUGAGCCAGGCAAGCUGAGACCCUAGGCAUCUGGAUCUUGUGACAACCAAAGCCCUAUAACAUCACCCUAGGCCAAGAGGAGUGGAAGAGCCUGCAGGUUUGCUUUCAGAAAUUUCCUGAGCAUCUCUUGCUGUCUCCCAGGCACCUCCGCAUCAACCAGAAGGGAAGACAACACAGAUGUUAGAGAAAGGAACUGAGAAUGAGACUUUAAUGCCACACCCACCUGUGGACCUAUAAGCUGCUGUGAAGACCUCACCUGCCUCUGUUGCCACAAACCCUCUUGGCAUCCCGAGUCCUGAAACCAGCUGUUCCAUCAGCUGAAGCACAACUGGCUGCCAGCAUUUGGUGAGGUAGCCCCUGCAAGGCUCUUCAGGUUCUAUUCCUUUACUAAGGCCUUCUUGGAGCCUGAAGAUUAUGGGAACAGCAGCAGCAGCAGCAGAACCCCUUGCCACACACACACACACACUGGUUCACACUUGCUGUCAAAUCUUCCAAGUUGAAGCCAUUAGAACACUUGGAAAGGCCUGGUCAGGAGCCAUUCUUCUUCUGUUUUCCCUCCUAGUCACCAGUAAGACCCAUCAGGAGCUUGACCCUGAACUCCACGGUCUUGUGUAACUCAGGAGCCAGGGUACUGCUCAAAUACCCAGCAAAUGCAGUACAAUUCCAUUGUAGCUGCUGGCCUCAGCCCACUGGGUCCCUCAGAUGGCUCUAAAGAGAAGCUACUUUCUCAGCAAGGCCGGUCCUCAACCACUUGGAUGACCGGGACGCUGACACUUUUGCUUCUCUCUUCUCCUUUCCCUCCUCUCCUCUCUUCUGCUCCUUUUCUACAUAAGAAAAAUGUCUUACUGCAUUUUUAAACAUUUAUCCCAAAUAAGCUCCCUGUAAUUCUGAAUCGUGAAGCCAGUGAGCCACUUGGAGUUGUAAAUAGUUUGAGGAAGCUCCUGCAUGGCUGGCCUUCUGUUGGUGUGUACCUCAGUUACUUGGACUUGAUAUCCCUAACUGAAGGUGUUUUUAUAUGAGAAAUGCAUGCUGCUCUUUGGCUUUUUCUGUCCAACUUUUCUAGAGAUAAUUGCCUCCAAUGGGCUUUGUGGACACUGUAAAUUAGCCAUGUAAAGCACAGAACAUUCUUUUUACACAGCUUGCUCUCCCCUCCCCGUCACAACAGUGCCAAUGUUAUGCCUCAUCAACUGCUCUGCCCUGCUGCCCUGCUGCCCCACUGUUGUGAGGAGGAAGUUUUUGCAGGAAGUACAGUCUGGCAGAGAGGAUGGGGAGGGGGACUUUGCUACUCUGUUCUUGACAUCUACCCAAUCUUAGAAUGAUUCGGGGCCUGCCUUUGCCUCUGGCAGCUGAGGUCAGAUAGGGAAGAAAAUUCCUACUUGUCUAACCUUAAAGUGCUAAGGAAGCCAGAUGUGGUACACACACCUGUGUAGUCCCAGCUGAGGCAGGCAGGGUCACAAAUCUGAGACCAGCCUUGGCUUCACAGUGAGAUCCUCUUGCAAAAGGGGAUGGGAGGGGGGGUUCUUGGCAGAGUUCAUUUGGAAAAUUAUAAAUCUGGUCAGUAAGAAUUGGCUGUCCCCAGUGUGUGCUCUAUUUAUGGCAGGCCAGCUGGAUUCCUAUACAGAGCAAGGGAGCAUGAACCAUUUUCUGAGAGCCUUAGCCUGAUUGGGCCCAAGAAUUCAUGCCUAUGUUUCUCUUGUGCCUGUAGGUUGGUAGCACCAGAGUCAAUUGCCCAAACACUCAGUUUACAGUGAAAUGUUUUCAGUGACCAAUGCCAGAUGUGGGCUUCUUCUGGCCUACUUUUGUUAUAGGCUAGCAUCCAUAAUUUCAUAUUGCAUAACUGGAGACAAUAAGGAAAAGUUAUUACCACUCAGUUUUUGUAGAAUCCUGGUCUUUUGCUGCAGCUUUUUCUAUCCCUGUCCUUACUACUAAAAAGCCAACCUCACCAAAGGCAAAAUUCUCAUCAGACCUCCAGACAGGUUAAGGUGGUUGGUGUGCAGCCUGAAUAGGCAACGGGAGAGUACUGGGGUAAGCUUUGCACCAGGACACCCAUUCUGCUGGGCCUGAUUGAGGUUCUCUAUCUGUUUCUGCCCAGCCACUGUUAAUGUGGUUGCUUCCUAAAAGACAUUCCUUGGGUUGGAAGCUGUUUCUGUGCAAAGUUUGCUUCUCAUCUCCCCUGCUUGGCUUGAUCACUUACUGCAGCAGCAGCCCAGCCAUACCUGUCCCAGUCAUUCUGGCCCAACAUUUAUGCCUGGUUCCCCACCAGUGUUUUCUUGUACAUUUACAGUUGGCUGAGUCAUUCUAUGCUCAAACCCAAACCUGCAAUGAGGCCAUUAUUUCCUAAGUGUCUGGUAACCUUUAUGUGUGGGUGAAGAUUUUGGUCUACUCUUGGAUUAUUUGAACUCAAGCAUCUAGUAGCUAGAGGGUUGGUUGUUACUUGUGAGCUAUGGGUUAGUGGAGCAUAACUCAGCCCUAGCUAGACUUAAUGUCAUGAUCAUUGUUGCCUGGAAGCCAACUGAAUCCGGCUGGCAUUAGAAGUGGAACAAAUCAGAUUCCUACUCGAGUCACUCUAACAUAGAAAACACUGACAUGUUUUACUUUGCCAUGUGUAAUUUUGUUUGGCCUAUCCCUGACCAAUGGUUCUUAUAGCAUGUGCUUACCUAACCAGGAAGUGGGAAAAAACAGCCAGGUAGGGACAGGUGGCCUCUAGUGAGGUCUAUACUGAGGAAUACUGGAGACCUCCCACCAUUGUCAAAUACUGUUCUUGACAAAAGCUCUUUUCCAUGGCUCUGUUGCAAAGCAUGCUGACUUUGAACAGCUAUUCUAAGAUGUGCUAAACACCUACAGCACUUAUUUUCUGGAAAUUUGAGAUGUCCAUAGAGGAGGUUCCAGGGAGAUCUAUGCAGAAGUGCUUGCACGAGUUUGAAUUGUCCACUCACUGCUCACUUGCUUUGUGCUUUUCUUCAGGUCAGCCUCCCAGAGCCUCCUUUCCUUAGCCACCACCCAGGAAUUGUAGUAAGGUUCCUAGAAGACAUGCCAAUCCAGUCUGGUGGGUCCAGGCAUGGGGACCACCAGGAGCUGCUGAUAAUACAUACCUUCCUGGUGACAAACUCAACAACUUCCUGAACUGUGAGGCUUCCCCUGGCUCUGCCACAGUCAAUCUUUUUGCGACAGGUUCCUGGUUGUCCUGAAACUAUAUUAUCAGGCUGACCUCAAAGUCAGAGACCAGUUUUUCUUCUGAAUCUGCUGCAAUUAAAAGCAGGGUACCAUGCCUAGCCUCCAAAUUGAGUCUUGACUUGGUUGCUCAGUCUUCCUUUGAGUCUUUGAAUAGGUCAUCCUUCACAAAAUUCAAAUAUCACAGUAGCUGUCUUCCUUACAAAAAUCUAUCCCAUGAGCACUCAAUUCUUUAUUUGUUCCUCUUGUCUCCUUUCAGGGGUAGGGGUGUUUGUGGUGUGUACAGGUUGAGAGACUUUAUACAGAAAGCCAUCCCAGAAGUGAAGGUAGCUACAUGAAAGGUGAGCCAGAAGUGGAGGCUGCUUUUGCAUUCACAUUCCUUUUGUGUAGAUUCCUUUACAGAUUCGUCCCUUACUCCUAAAAUAACAAACAGCACAGCUGAUUUCUCUACCUUCUCCAGAAUGGCAGUCUUCCCCCAGCACUGAACAGUCUCAGGUGCCUGGACAAGCUGCAAUGGUCACUUAGUUGGUGUCAGGUUUUUGAAGCAGGAAAGCAUGGAUCAAGGUAGAGGUCUCCUAAGUCCCCAGGGCUAACGGUCAUUACACCUAAGUGACUGCAAAUAAGACACUAGAGAAGCAAAUGCUUCCUACAGAAUUCUUCCCUCACCCAACUUUCUGAUUAACAGAAAUUACUUUUUUUGCCUUCUCAGAAUUUAGAAACUAAAGCAGCCUCCUCCAGGCAACCAUAAGGGAAAAGCAGACAUGUGCCUUGCUCUUCAGUAUCUACCACCCAAAGUCUUUGCCCCACCCACCUGCUUCCCUGCGGCCUACAAAACAGCCCAGUGAGUUAAGUGUGCCUGUGCUCACCCAAGAUGAACCUUGAGAAGUGGAGAACCGUCCUUCUGGUACUUCAUACCUCUAGCCUGGUCAAUCGAUUAAGAGCACUGGCUGCUCUUCCAGAGGACCCAGGUUCAGUUUCCAGCACCCACAUGGUGGCUCAUAGCUUCAAUCUGUAACUUCAGUUCCCGGAGAUCUCUUCAGGCAUUUGAGGGCACCAGGUACACACAUACACAUGCAAACAAACACUCAUACACAUAAAAACGAAUCUUUAAAAAAAUUACCUAAAAUGAAAGCAUCACAGUAUCUAACUAAAUCUUAAGAGAUGAGGACCUGAAAUGCCAGGUAAAGCUUUUAGGCAAGAUUUAUCAGGAUUUGGGUACACUAAUUGAGCUGAACACUUGUCAGCCUGUUUUCAUGUUCAGCUUUAGAACCCAAGUUGCUGCAAGAUGCUUUUAUUCUAGUUAGACCAAGCAAGUAUCCACAUUCUUAGUUCCUUUGUUCACAGGGUCAGGGAGAACACCCCUGCUGUUUCAAAGACAUGAUGUAGCUAAGAACAUGGCCCUACCAGUGUUAAGGAACUUGUGCGGUUGAGAAACCUCAGCACCACCCGCUCCACUCCAGCAUGGCUGAUGUGAAGCAGGGCAUCUUCCUGGUGAUGGCCUGGAACUGGUGCCUCUGAGUCUCUUGACAAGUCAUGGCCAGGAAAGUGGGGGAGUGGCACUUUAGUCUUGUAGUUUAGCCUUUUGGGGCUUAUUUACUAGAUAUAACUCCCUCAAAAAAAGGUUUAUGAAAUGCUGAACCUCAGGUUUCAUAGACUGUUUGUACACUAAGAAUUCUGCAGCAGAAUAUUUUUAAACAUUGGUUUUUGUAAGCUAUAUUUUUGUAUAUUUAAUUGCUAUUUUAAAACUUUAAUGCAUUUUUUGCUAAUCACUUGUUUAAAAAUGAAACAUGCAUGUAAUUGACCCAAACACAUGUAAAUAAAGGGCAGAUUUUGAAAUA